UGGUGCUGUCAUAGCAAGUCUUCAGUUUCAGAGAUCUCACUCCUACCAGCUAGGUAUAGGUCGAGGCUGAGUCUACGUGUGUGUGUGUCUGUUAACUCUGUUUACAUCCUUAGUGUGUGCCAGCUUCGCCUCAGUCCUUUCACCGGACCAGCUCAGGUUUCUCUCAACAGAUCAGGUACAGGAGAGCCAUACAGAAGGGCAGUAGGGGCUCCAGGGUGAGAAGGGGAGAGGGCACCAUGGAUAGUGACCAGGGGGCUGCAGCCUCCACCGCCAUUGGGGCCACCUCCUCCACCACCUCCACCACGACCACCUCCCCCAGCCCCUCCACCCCCUCCUCAGCCCAGGGUGGGGUGGUGGUGAGUGGGGCUCCUGGGGGAGCAGGGAGGCAGGUCUCCCAGAUCUCCGUGUACAGCGGCAUCUCUGACCGGCAGACUGUUCAGGUGAUUCAGCAGGCUCUCCACAGGGGGCCCAGCUCAGCAGCUCAGUACCUGCAGCAGAUGUAUGCCGCCCAGCAGCAGCACCUCAUGCUGCAGACAGCAGCGCUGCAGCAGCAACACAGCCUGCAGAGUCUGGCCGCAGCACAGCAGGCCAGUCUAGCAGCAGGCAGACAGAGCUCCACUCAGCACAACGGAGGAUCAGCUCUCCAGCCUGGAGCUGCAGCUGGCACCAUCAACCUCUCCCCCUCCCCGGCCGCUCAGCUCAUCAGUCGUGCCCAGGGCGUUAGCUCCUCCCCCGCCACCAUUUCCCAGCAGGCCGUGCUUCUGGGACCUCAGUCCAGCCCCACCUUCGCCAGCCAGGCCCACAUGUACCUGCGGGCACAGAUGGCUCAGCAGAAUAACCUGGUCCAGGUGGCCAGGACUCUGGGCCGGGCUGUACCCCUCUCCCCCCAGCUCAUCUUCACCCCCACUGCCACCGUCACUGCUGUCCAAUCAGAGAGCUCCAGUCAGGCGGCCUCUUCCCAGGUCCAGAACAUGGCCCUCCGCGGCCCCCAGGGCCCCCCGGGCCCCCCGGGCCUGCAAGCCCUCAGCCUGAAGCAGAUCCCAGCCCCCAUCCAGCCCUCCGCCCCCCCCAAGACCCCCAGCCAGGGGGCCCCCGGGGGGCCAGGGGGGAAGCCCGGCGCGUCCGCACCCCUCUACGAUGGGGGUCGGAAGGGGGAGGCGGUGGUGGCGGCGGAGGGGCGUGCCCUGAACAUGAGCCGCAGUGUGACUGUGGGGAGGGGCUCUGCUCUCAUCGCUCCAGCCUACACCCAGAUCCAGCCCCACUCCCUGGUGAUCCACCACAAGCAGCAGAGCCACGUUCCUCAGAGGGCUCCUCUCAGCCUCCAAACAGCCUCCAUCCAGCCUCACCUCCACACCCCCGGCCCCGUGCUGCCCCGGCCGCCCGGCCCUCCCCAGGCCCCACCAGCCAGCCACCAGGCCCCACCAGCCAGCCACCAGGCCCCACCGGCCAGCCACCAGGCCCCACCGGCCAGCCACCAGGCCACCAUCUUCCACUCCACCAUCAGCCCCCACCACACGCUCCACCCCAGCCUCACCCUCAGCCAGGCCAAGGCCCAGCCCGUCCAGCUCACCCCCAUCAACCUCCAGAUCCAGCCCACCGCCUCGCAGGUCAGGGGCCAGGUGUCCCGAUUGGAUCAGGACAGCAAAGACAAGCCCACCUCAUUGGUGGUUAGAGAAACUCCGCCCCCUGCUGCCCAGCAGAGCCCCGCCCCCUCUCCCUCACCGGUCGCCAAGCCUUCCGAGCCUCUGAAGCCCGCCCCUGCCACGCCCACCUCCACCCCCAUGGCCACGCCCACUAGCCUCCCGUCAGCUCCGGCGGAGAGCGCAGCUUCGACCAAGCGCGUGAGCUCGACCCCAUCACCUGGAACGCCCUCUCCUCCGACGAACAUGACCUCCGGAAACGAGAGCGAGGUGGCGCCUGUGGUGGCGGGAAGCGCGCCGCAGAACGGAGAGAACAAGCCCCCGCAGGCCAUCGUCAAGCCCCAGGUCCUCACACACGUCAUCGAGGGCUUCGUCAUCCAGGAGGGGGCUGAGCCGUUCCCCAUUGAGCGGUUCCCCCUCCUGGUAGACAGCCCCAAGAAGGACCAGCUCUCCUCUGACCCUGACAAGACCCCCGGCAGUAACCCUGACAACAGCACCGACUCUGAGGCAGAGGACCAAGAGCUGAAGGAGCAGGAGGAGGCAGAUGUUCCUAAGCUCACCUGUGAGUACUGUGGCUGGGUGGACUUCAACUACAAGUUCAAGGGCUCCAAGAGGUUCUGCUCCAUGGUCUGUGCCAAGAGGUACAACGUGGGCUGCACUAAGAGGAUGGGCCUGUUCCGCCCAGAGAGGAGCAAACCAACCAAUCGCUGGCGCAGGAGGUCUGUGGGCCGUCCCAGCGUGGAGGCCAAGAAGCAGAAGCUGUCCCCCACACCCUCCCAGCCCCCCCGGGGGUCCGCGGCCCCCCCCCCUCCCUCCCAGCCCAGCCAGGGGGAGUCCAGCCCCUGUUCAGACACGUCCAGCGACGAGGAGCCCCCCUCGCCCGCCUCCCCCCUGUCGGCCGCCAGCUCUGGGCCCCCCCAGGGCCCCCCCCAGGAGCCCCCCACACACCACCCCGCAGGGAGGGGCUCUGAACAGGAACCCAGGGAGCCGCCCCUCUCUCAGCACUUCAUGCCCACCGACGCCACCCAGUGGAAGGUGGGGGAGGUGUACGAGUUCAUCCGCUCUCUGCCAGGCUGCCAGGAGAUCGCGGAGGAGUUCCGCUCGCAGGAGAUCGACGGCCAGGCUCUGCUGCUCUUAAAGGAGGAUCACCUGAUGAGCGCCAUGAACAUCAAACUGGGUCCUGCCCUGAAGAUCUUCGCCAGCAUCAACAUGCUGAAAGACUCCUAGCCAGGGGCCAUCUACAGGGACUGGCUGCCUACAUGUGUGUGUGUGGGGGGGGGGGGGGGGGGGAGGAGGAGGAGAGAGU